UCAGGAAGGGAAGGAGCUGGUGGAGGCGUAGGGGAGGAGGAGCUGUCAGAGAGGACCAGCCUGUGGGUGUCCAGGUGGAGUGUAAAUUCCGGGGUGGAGAUUGGAGCCCUGGGAGGAGUUUAGGGCAGAAGAGGGAUCUUUGUGUGAUGGGAGGGAGGGUCAGGACUUAUGUGGGAGGAGCGGUGAGAGUCAAGUCCUAGCUCCUGUUGUGAUUGGAGGAAAGAGCUCAACCAUCCUGGAGGAUGGACUGGGCCGGACUUUUGGGACUGGGAAGACCCUCCCAGACUGUAUUGGAGGGAAGCAGGAAGUCUUUGCGCUGAGAUCCGUCUCUCUUCCGUGCAGAUCAAUCUCUCCUUCUUUUCGUAGGACCUACUGUCCCUUUGUCUUCUGGCAGACAGACCUGUGCUUGCAGUUCGCAGGCAUCCUGGAGCCAGAGGGAAUGGGCUCUGGGAACCUCGGACCUCCUCCUCAGGAGUGGGUGACAUUCAAGGAUGUGGCAGUGGACUUUACCCAGGAGGAGUGGGGCCUCUUGGACCCUCCUCAGAAGGAUUUGUACAAAGGGGUCAUGUUGGAGAAUGCCCGGAACCUGCUGUCCCUGGGGCUUCCAGUUCCCAGAGAAGAUGUGGUCUCUUAUUUUGAGCAAAGGGAAGCACCAUGGAUGCUGGACCAAGAAGGCCUGAGGAGCGUCUCUUUAGGUGAGAUGAAAGAAGGGACAUGAGCCUUGUGGUUACAAGAAACUUUUAGGUAUUACCGUGAAGUAAAUAUUAGAUUUGGGGUAGAAAUUCCAGCCUUGCUAUGCUUUUUCGGAUUUUUUUUGGCAGUGGCUACCCAGGAAGCCUGGGGUAGUCACAGAAUUUUGACUUGCCAUCUAUAAAAUGAGUGAGUUGUACUCCAUGUUCUUGAAGGUCCCUUCAAGUGAUCAGCUAUCAUCAUAUAAGAAGUCAUUGUUUGGAAUUUGAGGCCAGGAAUUCUCCUGACAUUGCCAAAUGGGUUUUAACCAGUAAAAAUUAUUUGUUAAUUACUAUUAAAAACAUACAUCUAUUGGCUCACAAGUAUUACAUUAAAUGGCAGAUGUACCCCAAGAUCAAGUGCAAAUAUUGUUUUAGGAAUUUUUUUUUGUUUUUUUAAAUAAUGUUUAAUAUACAAAAUAACUUUCAAAAUUAUAGGAUUUCUUCAGGUAUUAGUUUUCUUUUUGCUGGCACUGGUAAAUUUUACUGACUGACCAAUCCAUGUUGCCAACCAACUCCUUUGAGAAAUUGUCAUAUAGAAGAAGAGUAGCAUAAACAGAGGAUACAUUCAAAUUAGAAAAUAACUUUACCAUUUCAAUAAGUGGAGCUUCAAGGUUGGUUUUAUAGAAAGGUUUUUCUCUUCCAUGAUGAUUCCAUGAUGACAUCUCCCGUGCAUUCCUAGUGACCAUGGUUUUCAAGUAGCCUGCCAUCACUGCUGCAAGAAUGGAAAUCCAGAUAACAUUUUGGUCUCCUGAUUACAGGUUUGGUGAGAUGUAAUUACUACAUAACCCAGGAAAGAAAGAACAGCUGGUGCAAAGAGAAAACCACUGAGGGUCUUUUCAUGCCUGUGGCCAUUUGUACUUGAAUGUCCAGCCUUUCUGGAUUUUUGGAAGCAAUUUGAUGUCAAGUUGAGAAACUAAAAAAAUAUAGCACUUAAAAGCCCUUGGAGUUUGAUAUAAUCAUUGCAUGAUCCCCAAAUGCAGUCUGUUCCUCAUCAUGACAGUUUAAAAUGACUGCUGAAAGAUAGUUGUCAAGGUAGAUGUAUGCAUGUACAUGUCCCAAAGGACAAUUUAUCCCUUAAGGUAGCACUGAAAAUUUUGGGGUCAAGUACCUUGGAUCAUUGUCUCAAUUCUUCAAGGGGCUUGUGAACUUCUAAAGAGGAAAGAGGUGCAAUAGGCUUCUGUGCCACGGAAUGAUUAACUCAAAAUUCUCUAUCAGAAAUAUUUUUAGAUGUGGAUAAUUUCAUGCAUUUUUUAAAAAUUGCAUUUGUUAAAAGGAUAUGCAGGGGGAUCUGAUGAUAAUAUUUUUUUAAAAGAAACAAGUAAUGUCUUCCUCCAAAAAC